GUCAGUGUCAAGUUUAGUACCCUAUAUUCAAUGUACUCUAUGUUUAGUUCACAAACGGCCUAUUAGAUAGUAUAGUAUAAUAGUUUUGGUUUAGUUAUGGUUUAGUUUAACUCUUCUCAACAAAGAGUACAUAUAUUAAUUUCUCAAAUUUUAAUCGUCGAGUAAUGAUUGGGGCUCUACGCUCUACUCAUUAAUUUACUCCUUGGCUCUCUAAAGAUUAUAGCACUUCGUAGGCUAUAGUAUAGUUAAGUUAAGAUACGCCUCAAAUAUGUUAACAGUGUUACUGUUAUUGUUUUUGUGUUUAGUGACGGCAAGUGCAAGUGAUAGCAUUUACAGCGUGGUUUGCACCGAUACUAUCCCAAUUAACUAUAGCAAUCGAGCAAUUUUGGAGCCCGUACUUGGUGUCGGAGGCAGGUUCCGCUUAAAAUGGUGUACGGAGGUGCGUAAAGAUAUCAACAAAUGGAAGCUAGACUUGUCAUAUACGUCAGUGAAACCUGAAGACUGCAACGCAGAGUACUUCGGUGAGAGAGCUUCCCUUCCCUUACAUUCUUCCUUCAAACAAAACAUCACAAUGGACAUUGAAAAUUGUACAAUAUAUGUUUGCCUUACUGCUAUCCUGGAUGCAAUAUUUGGCCCAAAAUGUUACUACAUAGACACACAGCAAUACAUUGAUAGUAAGCAAUACAUUAUCAACAUUUGGACAUCUCGGCAAUAUCAAUAUGUUGAAGAAAACCGUGAUUUUACAAUGAAACAAGUAAACAAAAUGAAGAUGCAGUAUUAGUGUGGCAAUUGAGUAUUCCUGCUUCUACAUACAGUGUCAAGCUCACUUGUGGCGAGCCGGUGGACGUGGCCUGCAGCUCGCCGUCGGAGACGCAGGUGCGCUGCCGCGCGCGCGCGCCGCCCGGCGACUGCUGCGCCGAGUUCACGCACGACGCGCCCUGGAAAUCGCUCUCUUUCGUUCCCCACACGUUCAGUUAUAACUUCAGUGAGCCGCUUUGACUACCACUUUGCUUCCAUAACACAUAACCACCGAUACCGUACAUCAUAAUCGGUAUCAUCAUGUACCUAAUUUACCGAUUUUUAAGAGACUGUCUCGAUGAUUCAACGCUGAGGCCAUCUGGCUUUGAUUUACGAUAUCCCGGGCUCGAGACCUGAGUCAGGAUGUGAAAUUAAAAUUUUAUGUUUUUUACUUUUUUUUACCAAGGAUUCUUAGUAAAUUUCAAUCACGCAUGUAAAACGUUGUAGUGUAGAAACACUAUCACCGUACGCCGACCCGCGUCGGCUCAUUUGCAGCGUGCAGGAUCUGAUCUCUGAAUCUUCCCUCUCUUACAAGGGAGGCCUGGUUCAGCCUGCAGUGGGCUAUUCGAAUAGGCUGUUAUCGAUGAUGUACGGUGCUUUAUCAGCCCACAAAGGCAUGGCAAAAGAGUUGCCGGUGCCACCGCAGCAGGCGUCGCAGUGGUGGUGGGCGGCGGGCGCGCUGGCGCUGGCGCUGCUGCUGGCGCUGCUGGUGCUGCUGCUGCUGCGGGCGGCGCGCGCCGGCACCGAGCGAGAGAACACCCUGAGGAUGUGGAUCGAUGACAUAUCCAAGCGCUGGCAGCGAGCGGGCAACGCGCGCGCGGCCGAGCGGCUCGUGCUGCUGUACGCGCGCGACUGUGCGCACGCCACGCGCGCCGCGCGCACGCUGGCGCAGCUGCUGCAGCGAGUCACCGACUGCGACGUACGUACCCUGACGCCUCAUAUCUGCAGGCGCUGGCAGCGAGCGGGCAACGCGCGCGCGGCCGAGCGGCUCGUGCUGCUGUACGCGCGCGACUGUGCGCACGCCACGCGCGCCGCGCGCACGCUGGCGCAGCUGCUGCAGCGAGUCACCGACUGCGACGUGGUGGACCUGUACGCGCCGGAGACGCUGGCGGGCGCGGCGCCGGCGGGCGGCGCGUGGCUGCGCGCGCUGCUGGCGCGGGCCGGCACGCGCGUGCUGCUGCUGCAGAGCCCCGCGCUGGCGCUGUACUGCGCGCGCCUGCUGCCCGCCGCCGACGGCUCGCCCACGCUCGAGGCGCCGCUGCUGGGCGGCCGCAUGGCGUGGCGCGCGCCGCACGCCGCCGACUCGCUGCUGCUGCUGGCGCUGCGGCUGCUGGCCGACAGCGCGCACGGCGAGCCGCUGCCCUACAAGAAGUACUACGUCGCCAUGACGGCGGGCUUGCAGCACGACGACGCGGUGCCCGCGCUGACCCCUCAGCGCCGCUACCGGCUGCCGCACGCCGCCGCCACGCUGCUGCGGGACCUCUCGCCGGACCCCGCGCUCGACCCCCUGCGCGACCCCGCGGCGCGGCAUCUGCUGGAGCAGUACAAAGAGGCGAUGGAAGACUUCAGACAGUACACUGUCGACCACCCCAACUACCUGUUCGAGGAUCUAGUAGUCGAGUAGGCUUUGCAUGUUCGCAAUACUACAUUUACAAUCCGCAAUGAGAACGGGGCGCUAACUGUUGUAACUGUCGCGCGCUCCGACGGACACACAAUGAUUCCAGGAUUUCUGCUCGGCUUUUAUUUUAAAUGCAAAUGCUAUAUACGUUCUUCUGUGAUUAUUUUAGUGAUUAAUUAAUAAUGAGUUAAAGGGGAAAUACUUUGAGUUCUUGAUUAAAAUAGUAUGGCUUCUACGCAUUGUAAAUGACGAGACAGUGAACUGGUACCGACUUCAAAGUGAUCAGAAGAUUACACAUACGAUGUUAUUUUUCGCUUUUUAGUUUAUUUUUGUGUUUUUUGAAGUCUGUUGAUUUUUUUUGUUAAAAAGAUUUUAUUUAUAUUUAAUGUUCAGCAUUGUUAGCUAGGUGAGAACUGUCGGUUUCAAUGAACUUUACAAAGCUCCAGCGCGCAGCGGAGCACUCGUACACAGUGUGUACUCUAGGCCUUCAAGCUCACAAUAAAUUGAGGCUACAUUUGAACGGUGUUCAAUAGCCAGUUGUCAUUUGUUCAAAACAAUACACUAGUAAAAUUAAUGACAACAAGAACUUACCUUAUUUUCGGUGUUCUUCAGGCUGGCACCUGGAUGAGUAAGUUUUGAGGACACACGGGGCCCUUGCCCCCCAUUCUCAGGGGGCCCCGAAGGACUGACAAUAUCGAUAUCCUUCAAAAUAUUUACUUAGUAGUAGUAAGAUAUACCUAAUAGAAGAUAGAAGAUUUUACUCAACAGAAACAAUAAUCGUAACCAAAAAGCCAACAGCAUUCUAAGACCAUUAUAUCAUACUGUAUUUGAUUACCUAUAAUAAAUGGUCAGACUUAGUAAAAAGAAUUAGUGUAAUUCGCUUUUGUACUUACCAAAAGGGCCCUAAAUCCCGCGAAUGUCCGUACGCGACCGUCUUCAAUCUACGCGUCGCUUCGGUCGCACCGCGAAUCUAUUUUGUGUCCUUUUUUGUUUUUUUUAAUUCCAUUCCCCUCCAACUAGUCGGGAAAGACUGUAUUAGAAGAGGGUACGAUAAUAGACCAACGGAGCGGGGAUCGAACCACCAUCGACGAUGAGUCCGGCCGCUCUUACCCUUGAGCUAUUGAGGCUUUGAGGCCCUAUACGGUCAUAUCAGAGCACUCUUGCAUGUAAUUGCAAGAGCACGAAAAAAUGCACCUUACGUGAUAAGUCACAGAUGCCAAUCAAUUCAACAGCGUGUUUCAAAAAUUGCUACAUAUAUGCAUAUAUUAGUGAGAUGCCGGGUCGAUAAAAAUUUAAAUCUAAGCAUACAAUAGUUUGGUGUCAAAAUCUGCGGAUAUACAGGGUUACAGGUUAAGUCGACCUAGAUCCUUUAGGGGGUUAUAGCUUCCAUCAUUUCUAACUAAUUUUUGUAUGGAAGACCCUACCCCAAAGUUAAGAAUUUUUAAGUUAUGGCACAUUUAAGAUUUUUAGAAAAAAAUCCGACUUUUUGUCCAUUAUCCACGUUUUUCGCGAUUUUUUUUGUUUUAUUUUUUUUUGCGAUUUUUGAGUUCUGGAUGAGUUGUUUCACAUAUAUGCAUUAUAAUCACUAAAAUAGUAGCUAUAUGAAUCAACUUGGUUGUAGUAGACGAUUGAAAAUAAGAUACGGAUUUUAACUUUCUUUCUCAAAGUUGACGACAGGCCAUUUUUCAACUUGUAUUGCGCGUGUCGGAAAAAUGGCUUGACAUUCAGAAGCGGAUUCAACAGAACACAAUUAGUAUUAAGAAGGUGAUGUACCUAAAAAAUAAACAUUUUCUUAUAGGAAAUUUUAGUAAACCUGCUUAGAAUGAAUAAAAUAAAUAAUUUGCCAUAUAUUUUAAAUGUGACCAAUAUUCCAAAUUCCUUCCUACUAGUCGGCAAAGACUGUAUUAGGAGUGGGUACGACAAUAUCAUAUAUUUUUUAAACAAUUAUUUAAUAAGUAAUACAUAAUUUUAAAGUCAACGUUAUUAAUUAUUGUUAUAGAGCACACCUGUUAUACAAACUGUAGAUAUGCAUGUAACAGUUGUUAGUGUACAUAAUAUACUAUGUAGUAAGUUAACGAAUGUUAAGUUUAAGCGUUAUUCGCAUUAGAAAACUUAAAGUUUUAAAAAGUUUUUAAAAAAAGAGGUUUUAGUACCUGUAAAGGUGCCUAUAGUUCACGUUUUGGCUUCACUCCGAAUAUUUUAUUAAAGACAACAUAAAAAUGUAUAAUAAUGCAAUAGAGUAGAACUCCACUUAAUUUCGUGUAGUACAUGGAAUAAGGGUCCGAAAUAUAUCGAUAUCAAUUAAUAAAUGUUAACGAUUUCCCAAGAAACUACAUUUAAAAAUCAUAUAUUUUUUUAAAUUGUCCAAACGUGAAAACGUCCAUUUCGGGACGCCACGAUAUUACUUGACGUACUGAACAUCAAACUAAUUGUUAACUAAUAUUCUUGUCAAACGUUCCAUUUGUAUGGGAUUUAUUAUAGUGACGUCAUGAGACAGUUGAAAUAUAGACCGUCAUGGCCGACAGGCGUUUUGCGUAGUAUUGUCAAAAAAAUUAAUAGAAACCGACUUGUCCAGUUUCUAUCAAAAAUAAAAUUUUAGGUACAGUUUCGGAGAAAAAGGGCAUGGUCAAUUGUCGUCUAUUUGUUGAAAUAACUUUAAAGGUAAUUUAUUUUUAAUUCCAAAAAUAAAAUUUAAAAUCUUCUUAUCAAGACCUUUAAUUUGAUGUAUCACACGAUGAACUAUGAAAAAGUUUUUUUUUCAACUUUCCAUCUUAACUCCCAUAAGUGCCCCCCAUGUUCAAAGUUUACCUUUUCGCGAUACAUCCCUGUAUUUGGGUCACACCAAUAGAUAUGUGUACUAAAUUUCAACUGGAUUGGUUUGGUACAUUCGGAGAAAACAGACAUUAAAAUGUGCGCCAGUGAUAUUAAAAGGGUAUCCACCGUUUUUGUACUACGCUCGGAACCAUAAUUAUGAUAAUUUUUUUCAAUCUAGUGGAACGAUAAUAAACAAUUUGAGAGCAUUUAAAGUGUCAAGUAGCAUACUGUCUUACACGGCCUUUGUCCCCAUGUUUUAUUAAACCUAAGGCUACCUCUUGUAUUCUAUUCGCUUGGUAUAUUUCUUCUUUAUAAGUAACGAAUGGUAAUAAAUAAGAUCUAAUUAUUAUUAUUAACAACGACGAUGAAUUAUACGAUAUUAAGGUUAUUUAGUUUCGUCCAACGUUUAACUAACGCUUCCGACUUGAACAGAACAUUGUGUUGUGCACAUCGGAAUUUAGGUCAGUAGGUACGUGUGUUGCGUAAAAAUAUAAGUAUAUUAAAAUAAUAAAACCGAAAACAAUAUCUAAGUACAUAUUAUGUUGCUGCCGCGAACUGUUUUAUCUCGGGGGGACUGAUAGCGCGCGGGUCGCCUCACGCCUCACAGCUGUUUACAGUGGACUUAUCGAAGAUUGCGGAGAGCUAAUGACAUUGGAUUGUAGACCUUAUGUGCAUUAUUAUAAGUUUGCGUAUAUAAUUGAACAGAGUGACCUAAUCCAAAGUUUUAUACAAAAAGACGAUCUAUAUAGAAUCUAUACAUAAAUUUGCUUUAAUGUAAAUAUUGUGAAUAUGUUGCUCUAAAAGUUACUGUUUUAUCCCUCAAGAUCUUACUGUAAAGAUGCAAAACUUUAGUAGUGCAAAAGUUAGGUGACAAUUCUUGAUAGACAGAGAUAUCAUCGCGUGUGAGCACAUCAAGAAAUACGGAAUAACGUGGACCUUCUUACGUGCUUAUCUCCGUAGAGGCACUCUAAUACCAACAUCACAAUAUGAAGCAGGAAAUGUAGCCGCACCCCACGCUAUAGCUUGGCAAGUGCGUUCGUAACACUGCCGAUGUUCCGCGCGGGCCGGGGGAUGAAUAAAAAAACCCACGACUGAAGCACGUAUUUCCCCGCACGCACGAUUUCAGUCUUGCCCCCCUGUCGCCCGCAUAUCAUGGGAGUGUCAACUUACUUGCCAGACUAUAGAGCCAAGUGUCUGCCGGAGGGCUAGUAUCUCCAUGGCUCGGAGUGCGACACGCCAUUUCUAUGGCCUUGUUAUGAACAUUUUUGUGGUAGGAGCCACCCGCACGCGCUCCUUAUCACGCCUUAUCGGUCACGGCGAAAACAAUCGGUCAAGUAAACAACUUUGUAUAGGAAUACCGUUUUCCGUAAACUGGGACCUAGCGAGCUUUAGACACUGAUUUUUAACAUGAAUUAGCUUUUUGUAAGAAUCAAACCACUUAGCUUUUCUUUGUAAUAGUUUUGUAUUACAAAGAAAAACUAAGCCCGUGACUUCUAAAACAAAACAUGAACGAUUUACAUUAAAAAUAACUUCAACACCUUUUAACCCUUCAAGGCCAAUUUAGGGAUACUCGCAGAAUUUUGAAAAAUAAUGAUUUACAUUUAUUUUUAGUAUUUUAUGGUAGUACACAUACCAAUUUUCACCCUCUUCUGAUUUUAUUUUCGCGACCAAAAGUGUCAAAUCGCGCCAAAUUUUAUUUGAUUUAAUUCAGUAGUUUCAGUCCGUCUUUUUGAUGUGUCCAUCAAAAAGACGGACAGACAGACAGACAAAAAUAAAAAAUAUAUAUUUUUAUGUCACAUUCCAACAAAAAAUUUCAUAAUUUUCAAAAUAUAUUGUACAAAAUUGGGGACCUGUUACAAUUUUAUUAUAAGUAAGUACUUAUAGAUCUCAACACUUAAAAAAGGGUGGUUCGAUUGUUUGUAUGCGAUCGUAGCUGUAAAAUGAAUAGGGUAUUUUUUAAUAGAAAACUAUUUUUCAAGGAAUAUUUUAUAGUACUUAGUAUAACAAUAUCCCAUCUUAUUUACAUUCUCUAAUAACAAAUCUCCAAUGUAUGUAGGUUCCUCACUCUGGAGCCCUGACCACCGGUUGCGCGGGAGGGUUUAUUUAUUUAUAAAUUUUUAAUAGCGUUUUGUAUUAUACUUUUAUAUUAACAUUGUUAAAAAUUUAAAAAAAAAAGGUUAUUAAAUAAAUGAGAGAAUAGAAAAAAUCUCCUAUGUUAUCUUAGGUGUGUAGGAACUGUAUUAUAUGUAUAUGAUGCUUUUAAAGUAGGUAUAUUUUUUACACGAAAUUUACAAUAUACAAUAGCAUAAGGCUUUUAAGAGUUUUGACGAUAAGUGUUGUAUGUUUAAGUUUUAACGCUAAGCUAAAAUACACGUUAAGCCUUAGACCAUUAAUUAUUAAUGGUCUAAGCGUUAAGCUUAAGUUUUCACAAUACUCGUGCAAUGCAUUUUAUCUGCGAGACAAGUUAAAGUUUUCAGAUCUUUAUUGAAUAAAUAUAUUUUUAUACGUAAUUUACAUAUUUUUAUAGAUUAUAUAGAUUUAUAUAAAUAACUUUUACCUGUUAUACUCAUUAUAUUCCAGGAAGACCGUUUGCCGAUCGUAAAACUAAUAUAAAUCCGGCUUAAAGGAGCGUAAAGGAAAGACACGAUUUUAUUUUUGGCCGUAGUGUAAAUGUAAAUAACUAAUAAUAAUAAAUAGCAUUUUCAUUUUUUCAUUGCAAAAUGUUCAUGUUGUGACAUUUUUUGUAUUUGACAUUUGUACUAGGUACUAUGAGUAUCUAUGUAUUGUGCCAUAGUAUUGUAAUAAUUUAGUCAUUUGUUGUUUGUAUAAAACAUAACUCGAAUUUAUGAUCUUAAACUAAAUGAAAUUUUUAAUAUUAAAUAUUCAUACAAUACGUUAAGUAUGUAUAGCAUAGUCUGACCACAAAAAUAAAAAAUCUGGAUUGAUGGCCACAGGUAGGUACUGCACCUACUUGUUAGUUAUCUGUGCUUAUGUGAUCAUGGGAGAAAUUAGAUUGUUAAUUUUUUUCGCAACAUAGCAUAUUUUUUUUUCUGAUCAGGCUGUACAUUACCUGUUACUUAUUUUUAUUGAUAGUGUAUAUUUCUAAAUAGUUGUAGCUUUUUUCUUUUGAUUUAUGUUGGUUACGAGUUGUUGCUUAAGAAAAGCGCCUUUUAUUCACAUUUUCCAAUAGUUUUUAAAACUUCAACAAUUUUUUCGCAACAACACCACUGAGGUAUCGUGUUUUAGCAGAUUUCCAAAAAGGAGGAAGGUGUUGUAUGUAUAUUUUUUGUAGUCAUGUUCUGUCACAAAGAUCUCUACCAUUGUAGUAGAUUUCCAGAAGUUUUAAAACAAAUGUCUGCCCAGUUUAUGUAGAGAUUACAUCAGUCUUUUGUUUUAGUUAUUAUUUCGGUAUAUUUUGUAAUAAACAAUCAAAGUUUUGCUGUUUUUUUUAUUUGACUUCGUGUGGCAAUACCAAACGGAUUUGUGAUAAACACUGUUAAAGUGUGUAUAUUUAACUGGAAUAUUCGCGUAGAAUAGAUAUCGUUCAAUACAGGCGAGCUGGAGCUUCUAUCAUUAAUGAACGUAUAACUGUACCUACAGAUUUAAUUAAAUUUUACUAUAAUGUUGCAGACUCUGGUAAUGUACUCGUGUACGUAUGGACUGAAGUGCUGGCUUGUCUUGAUUGUGUUAUUAAUACUUAUGAUGAUAAUUGUUUUGUUAUUAAAUUUACAAUAGAUUCAUAA